UGUUUUAAUCCAUCAUAUGGUCUCAUUUAACAUAGUCUUAAACUAAACACAAUGUUGGUGUAAAUGUGCCUUAGGAGACACUUGUAUAUCCUGCACGUUUAUUCUGUAGCAUGCGCGUUCCUUGUCUCCCCAUCGGAUAUAUUUUUAUGUGACACUGCAUCAAAACCUGCGACGGCAGCUAGCUAGCGGCUAGUUUGCUACACAUUCAAGCGUUCAAUUAUUUAAUUCACGUAUGACAAUUAAAGACCGAAACUCAAAAAAACUCAACCGUGAUGAGAUGUUCCGCGAAGGAGCUGGGCCAUACGUGGAUCUUGACGAGGCCGGGGGCAGUUCAGGACUGCUCAUGGACCUGGCCACCAAUGAGAAGGCAGUUCAUGCAGACUUUUUCAAUGAUUUUGAAGACCAUUUUGAUGAUGAUGAUGUCCAGUGAGGAAGAUUAUGGGUUUACUUUUUGUGGGGGGGGGUUUACAUUUUACAAGGUGAUUGAAUGAUAGAGUGGAUGAUUUUUUGGGACUACAUGGAAAACUGGCUAUUUAAACUCUAAUGACAUACAAUUUACAUUCAGCCAAAUAGCCAGUUCUAGGUUUUAACAAAAUCGCCACUGCUGCCACCAGAUGUUGCACGAUUCCCCCAAAAUAUGUGGAAUGUUCCAAUUUAUGAGUUGACAACGUAGCUUCAACAGACUUCCAAGCUGGAUUGUAGGUUUGUCUCUCGCUCUCUCUCUCUCCCCUCUUCUCUCUGAGAACACCUGCUCCUCAGGCAUGUGGAGCAUAAUUAUAUACAGGAUGAUCUCAGAGCCUCCGAUGCAGUCAGAUUGCAGAUGGUAGAUGAUGAAUGGGGCACCGCAAAGAAUCGCUUAAAUUAUUUGUAAUGACGAAUAAAAGCCUGACAAUAAUGGUA